AUGGCUUGCUCUAAGGCGGCCGGUCCUGGCACCUACACCUGCAGUGCAAACCCCGAAUUGGAAAUGUCAGUGACACUCAACACGAACUUCCCUAUGGACCACAAGUGCUCUGGUGAGGAGAGAUGUGGCUCGUCGUCCCAAUCUGCCUUGCAUACCAUUCAUGAGAAGCACUGCGUCGAGAAGAACAUCAAGCUGGCAAAGUUCACAACCCUCGAGGAAUAUCUCAACAAGCCAUUGCCGCUCGAGGACUACCUGAACAAACCACUUCCACCUACACCGAAUCAACCAUCCGUCGACCUGUCGCGUGUAGCCAGCCAGUAUGGUGAGAUCCUUUGGGCUGAUGCUGAUGCUGACGCCCGAGACCUUGUCAAGACUGUCUAUGAACAAUCCCAUGUCCAACCUUUCAAUGGUGACUUCCAAUCACAAGCUCCCACCUAUCCAUCUCUGAGAAACUUGAGAGAUUCGGAACAGCUCCCGAACUAUGCCCUCCACGGCCUGGUCGAUCCGCUGAAUGAGCAGUCUAUUCCGAAGAAGCGAGCAGUCCUCUCACCAGAAUCAACCAAACCCAAGCUUCGUUCGGCAGAUCAUGCAUUCCUCACCAAUUCAGCUGACCUGUAUGGUUCACACAACCCCGCCAAGUAUGUGGUUUCGAAUGUGGAUAGCUUCGAGAUCUACUUCGUCCAAACCGAACGUUUGAAACGCAAAGCACCCUCGCCGAUUGAGACGAAGUCCUUCAUUGGUUUCUCUGACUCAAAUGUCUUCGCAUGCAGCCCUGUCCCAUUCAAGCAGCUCCGUGAUGACCGACAAGACGCGAUGGAGGUCGUGCUGAGUCCAACAACAGCUUCUUUGGAUCUUCUUCCGCCUUUGGCUCCGGUUCCAGCUCGACUUCCUUCUAUCCACACUAUGGCUCCAGCUCCAGUUCCUAUUGACCAAACUUUGGCUCCUGCUCGACCUACUGUCCAAGCUAUGGGUCCUGCUCGACUUCCUUCUAUCCACACUAUGGCUCCAGCUCAAGUUCCUGUUGGCCAAACUAUGGUUCCAUUGCUUCCAAUCAUCGGUCCAGGCACUGUCGAUCCAGACUCUCCUUACCAGAAUGAAUUUCUCCGUCCUCGAGGCUGGCCUGGUCAGUUUGAAAGCUACGAGGUCGGACAUAUCAAUCGUCGUGCUGCUCAAGCCACGUCACCCGAGACCCAGACCUUUGGCAACCCAGACCACCCCAAUGGUGAAUUUACUCAUAUCAACUUCUGGGUCGACCCUAUUGAGCACAAAGACUACGACCAAGAACGUCUCAAGUCGGUCCGCGUCCGCAAGGUCGCCUUCAGUCAUGCCGACUAUGAAACCGACAACGCAUUGGAGAUGGAGCGCUCUGCUGCGGAGGAGGCCCUGCGCCGCCAGGCUUGCCGCGAGUGCGCCGCAGCGCGUCUUGAGGGCGUGUCUGUUGGUCACCAUCGCUAUUACACAGGCAAGAUGAGCCUCGGGGAGUACAUGAUGCACAAGAUGUGCAUCUGCUGGGACGACUGCUGGUGCAACAAAUUGUGCACCAUAUAUGCCGACGUCGUCUGUCCUUGCCACCGUUUCAUCCUCUUGUGA